AUGAAGUACAUACAGGUGAUAAGACGGAUGCUGUUUGUGAUGUUCCUCUUUGCAGGGCUCACAUUAGCCGAUACGGGGAAAUUGGGUAAAUUUUCAUUUGAUCCAGUUGAAGAUGACAUUUUAGUGAAAUACGAGAAAAAGCCACCACAACCUGUGCAGUUUGAUAAUUACCACCAAUUCACUAGGACACCGUUUCGUGAUGAUGUUUAUGAGCUGUUUUUGGAAUCUAAAGUUGAUGAGUCAACCUCAGCAACUUUCAAGGACAUUAACCAGUUGAAUGAAAAAAUUAGGCCUGUUAUUAAAGAACUAGUCAAGGAAAAUUUCUUCAGGAUUUUCAGGUUAAACUUAUAUAAAGAGUGUCCCUUUUGGAAGGCAACUGGGUUCUGUAUGCACCAAACUUGUGCUGUUGAUACGAUCGACGACUUUAAGGAUCUGCCUGAAAUUUGGCAGCCUGAAGCUUUGGGUAAAUUGGAAGACUCAGUUUUGGUCAAGAAACUUAAUGAUGAAGUUGAUUCAUCCAUUAACAGUACAAAGGAUUAUUGUGAUCUAGAUGGGUUUAUCCAUGAUACUGUUUUUGUUGAUCUAGUUGCUAACCCAGAGAGGUUCACUGGUUAUGGUGGUGACCAAAGCUGGCAGAUUUGGAAGAACGUUUAUAAUGAAAACUGUUUCAACUUAGGUCAUGAUCAAUGUAUUGAAAAGAACUUUUUUUACAAAAUUGUUAGUGGUAUGCAUGCCUCAAUUUCGACUCAUUUAUCAAAUGAAUAUCUUGAUAAGAAAUCCAUGGAUUAUAAACCAAAUUUAGAACAGUUCAUGAUUAGGGUUGGUAACCACCCAGAUAGAAUAGCUAAUCUUUAUCUGAAUUACAUUGUUGUUCUGAAGGCCUUGCUCAAACUAGAGACUCACGGUGUUUUUGACCGACUAGCGUAUUGUGAAGAUUCUAACUUCGUGGAAAGGGAAAAUGAGUUCAAGGCUAAGUUCAAACAAUUGUCUGAUCCAGCACUUGAGUUCAGCGAUCACAAAGAUGAGUGUAUGUUUGAUGAGAAUAUAUUAUUUAAGGAGAAAGAUUCUUUGACAGUGAAAGAAGAAAUUAGAGAAAAUUUCAAGAAUAUUACUAGAAUCAUGGAUUGUGUCCAUUGUGAUAGAUGUAGAUUGUGGGGUAAACUCCAGACUACGGGUUACGGUACUGCAUUGAAGGUUUUAUUUGAAUUGAAAGAUAGAGAAAGCAUGGAUGUCGAUUUAUCCAAUAUUGAACUGAUAGCUUUAGUUAAUACUUUUGACAGAUUGAGUAAGAGUGUUGAAAGUAUAAAUAACUUCAAACGACUCUAUGAAGAAGCAUAUAGAAAGGAAGAACUAGGUGAACCAGAGGAAUCUACCAUCAAUACAACAUUCGAUUUCAACCCAAAUAACGAGGUUGUUCGGAGUGUCGAGACAAAGAAGGAAGGAAAGAAGAACCUUGUGAAAACACCCGACCUUUUCAAGAAAGAGGCCGAAAUUUACGAAGAUGUGAUAUUUCCAGACAUAAGUCGGUCAGAAGACAACGGGUCAUUCUUAGAAAUCUUUGUUGAAGAGCUGAAGGCCGUUUUAAAGACAGCCUUAUGGGUUCUUAAGUCAUACUAUAUUUUUCCAAAAAUUAUUUACAAUUGGUGUUUGAUUCGUAUUGUUUACUACUGGAAUACCUUUAUUGGCCAUGUCAAUGAAGAUUUCGACUUUGACAGGUUAUACACCAUUAAUAUCUAA